AUGUCGACCUCUAGACCGUCUACGUCGCCGGGGCCGAGGCCGCGACGAGCACUUCAGGAGCGUAGCUCGGCCCACACCAACGAAAGAUCGCCUACGCGAUCCAUGCAAUCCCUCCGCAUCAUCAGCGGGGAGAGAGACGAUGCCGAUAUGUACACGGCAACGCCAUUUCCCACCAAACCAGAACAGAUUCUGUUGCCUAUUCCUGGUAGAGGACACCAAGGCCAACUCACACCGACCGGCUUAUAUACCAACACACCGAGAGCAUCCACCUCGACGUUAUCCUCACCUUCAUUCAGCCAAGAUGCCGCCAGCAGCACCCGCGACUUGUCGAUCCGUGAUAGCUGGGACGUCUCGUCCACGGUGGAUACAUUCAAUUCGCCGCCCCCACUCUGGGAUGAUCCGGCGUCCAGCAAAUCGUCCUUGGCCGAGGCAAGUCCUAUGGCCAAGCUAGCUGACUAUAUCGCCGAGGGUCCGUGGGAACCCGAGUACUCGGACGAUGAUGAGAUGAUGGAGUUGCCAACAAGAACACCGACUAUCAAAGCGGUCACCUCUGAACAUCCGACCUCGUCAAGAUCAGACGGUGACGACAACGACUCCAUCGAGGGCUAUUCCAGCCCCAAUAUUGAGCGAGUAGGCGCGCCGUCGAGCCCUAACUUUGAACGUCUGGGAGAGCCCUCGAGUCCCAACUUUGAGCCCAUUGGAGCACCGUCGAGCCCAAAUUUUGAACGCAUUGGAGAACCCUCCAGCCCCAACCUCGAACAGAUUGAGGCGCCAUCGAGUCCCAACUUUGUCACACUGGCCAAUUCCAGUCAAACCUGCUUACCGCAUCAACCCGCCAAGUCCAAUUCGAACCCACGAUCCAGCUCGGUGUCCUCCUGGAACUCACGAGGAACCGCUGUUCGACACACUGGCGUCUCAGCACGUUGGAUCCAGACCGCUGUCUCAUCGGAGCGAGUCAGUUCCCGCUCAAUAUCGCCUUUCAACUCGAGCCCGCCGUUGCAUUCUGUCUCGUCGUUCCAGUCAGUCACUAGGAGGGUAUCUGCCGAGCAGAUGAGCACGCGCUCUGGAUCGUCUUUCCGCUCUAGUCCUCCUUUGCGCUCUGUGGCCUCGUUCCAAUCGGUGGCAAGGCGCCCUUCGUUGAGUCCGUCACGUUCACCUAACUCAUCGACGCUCAGCUUCCGCUCGGUGUCGGAAAUAGUCGCCUCUAUUGACAGCGGUAUCCCGCUUCAGGUUGCGGCCUUUCGAGGCUCAUCAACCAGCUCUCGCGUCGCUCCCUCGGCAUCUUCCGAUAGAGACUAUACCUCGGUUCGAGAUUUCACCCCUGGUCCAGUCUCCGGCCGUCAGAACCCCAUUUUGUCGCGUUCCUCAUCAACAUGGUCCAGCGACGCUGAGGCCAACCUUGCUAUACCUCGUCCCACAUACGAGCCUGCCAGUCGUGUAGCCUCGAACGCGCUGACUCUCGCAUCUAAAGUCAGCAGUCAUUCCAGUGAAUGGCAAAUGACGGAAAGUGACGAGGAGGAGCGACUGGACAGUCUCACUAACCUCCCUUCGCGGCCUGGCUUUGCCCACAGUGUUUCUACCGCCUCUCGACGGAGCAACAGCAUGACCAGCGUCAAACGACCCGGUACCGGCGCGUCCUCGAACACAGUGUGGCACAUUUUGCCCACGUGGGCCAAGAUCUAUUAUCGUGCUGAUCCGAUGAGCAUCAAUCCUGCUUUGUCUGUGGUGGAUGUGAGCAGAGCGCCCAGCACACGACCGGGGACUUCCAACUCCAGCGCUUUCAACUUCAACUUGAUGCCUACCCCACUCAAUAUACCCCGCGGACGAUCCACAAGUCGUUCCCGUUCGCCUUCGAGUUCACGCUCACCACAGCGGAUUUCUCCUGCAACUCCAUCUCAUUCGCCACUUCGAUCCAAUGCUCCUCGGCAAAUCGCCCUGCCCCAGCGACCUGGCGCUAUUCGGUUCGUUCCGCGCCGCAUCGAAAGCGACCCGCUAGAUCCGCGCGCGCACUGGGUGGCUAACCCGGCGCUCGAAGAAGAAGUGGUUGGUACGCCGCGCAGCCGCAUGCGACACAGCUGGUCGCCCCACCUCCAGGCAAGACGUGGGAUGCCUCGUUCGACCAGUCGAUGGACGGCGCCUUCGAUGGAUUCCACAAAUGAACCUGUCUUCGGAAGAAGAAACAUCCAAGUUUAUUCGUUUUGUAUCGGGUUUAUUUUCCCCCUUGCAUGGAUAAUUGCCGCAUUUCUGCCUCUUCCGCCUUUGCCAAAACUUGACCCGGAAAUGGCCGAGUCUAGUGUUGACGUUGAGGCGGCCUUGGAGUCGCAGUUGAUGGCACUGCAGCGUCGCCGACAUGAAAAUGCGCGCUGGUGGCGCAAUCUGAACCGAUGGAUGAUCUCCCUAGGCGUGGUCAUCAUCAUUGUGAUAAUCGUACUAGCCGUCAUUGGCACCACUACUGGAUUCUAG